AUGGCCACCGUGAGUCUUUUCGGGGACAGACAGCAUGCUUGUGCAUACCUCCAGUACAGACCAGUUCCUCAUGAGAUGGUCCACACCAUUAUGAACUACGUGAAAGAAAGAAUGCCCUUCCCUCUGGAGCUGGCAGUGGAUGUGGGCUGUGGUUCAGGACAGGGCACAGUGCUGCUGGCACCACAUUUCACCCGAGUGGUGGGCACAGACAUAAGCCCCGCCCAACUGGAAAAUGCGCGACUCAAUCAGCAGCCUCCAAACGUCACGUACAGCCUGGCUCCCUCAGAUGCCCUCCCGCUGGACGAUGAGAGCGUGGACCUUGUCACAGCCAUGUCUGCAGCUCACUGGUUCCAUCCGGAGCACUUCCUGGAGGAGGUUCAUCGUGUGCUCCGGCCUGGGGGCUGUGUGGCUCUGUUCAGUUACCCCAUAGAGAUGGACGUGGAGUAUGGAGACUCCUCACUCACACAUCUGUGCCAGGAGUUUUACAGCGCAGUAUCGGCCUUCAGACACCCUCGCAUAGGAACCAAGUCUGUGGACAUCUACAAGAAGAUGUUCCUCUCCUGCCCAUACCAGGACAAAGAGUGGCAAGACACCCUCCCCGCACGCCGCACCCUGUCAGUAAAAGCAUUCAUCGAGAUGCUAAAAACAUUUUCUACAUUUCAACAAAUGCAGCUAAAGGAUCCGGAACAAGCCAAGCUGAUCUGUUCUAACCUAAAGACAAAGUUGCUGUCGUCCAUGCAAGUGUGUACUACAGAGACCAAAGUAACUGUCACUGUGAAGUACUUUUACUGGUUAGCCUGCAAACCAAAACAAUGA